AGAGAACAAUAUUAAUGCAUAACCUCAAUAAACAAUUUUGGAAACAAAUGCCAGUUGCCUACAAAGCGCCCAAAGGGAAAUUUAAUAACUUAAUAAAUCAAUAUUUUCCUUAAAUAUGACUUUUGCUUGGUGCCUUGGAAAAAUGAAAAACAAACCUAGUUAUACACUAAACUAAACAAAAAUGAUUGUUAAAAUGCGUUAAUUUGUUAAAAUAUUUGUGAAAAUAUAAAUGCCAACAAGCAGUAGUGCCUAUUCACUAGAUAAGAAGAGACUACUAAAAUGUAAGAAAAAGUCUCUCACGCCAAACUCACAGCCCAAAAAAUCACAACCCCUAGUUCAGAAUGUGAGUCAAAUCAAACGCUCGCACAGUAGUUUGAGCAUCACCAACAAGUGCGUCAAUAAUGAACCUCUUAUACUCAAAACAUAUCCGGAUGGGGCUGUACACAUAUCCAGGACACCGGAAGAAAAGCAGAAGAAUCCGGAUAGAAUAUGUCUCGAUCGACGUGCCUUAACUUUGGUCCCGAUUUUAGAUAAUGAGCAAAAUCUCCGGCUGCUUUCGUUGCAGCAUAAUUUGAUCACGUCUUUGGAAAAUUUAGUCAAACAAUCGUAUCCUAUUUUAGUGUUUCUUGAUGUGUACGAUAAUCAAAUUGAGGCGAUUAACUUUUUAGAACAUUUGACUAGUUUAAGGGUGUUGUUAUUGGGCAAAAACAGAAUUAAAAAAAUAGAAGGACUUGUAACAUUAAGCAAUUUGGAAGUGUUAGAUUUGCAUGGCAAUCAAAUAUCUGUGGUAAACGGCUUGGAACAGUGCGAAUCGUUGAAAGUUUUAAAUUUAGCUGGAAAUCAGAUUCGUAAUAUUGGUGCGCAAGAUUUAGAAGGCUUGAAAAAUUUGCAGGAAUUGAAUUUGAGAAGGAAUCGUUUAAGAAGAUUGAUUGGUUUCAACGAAACACCAAAUUUAUACAAGUUAUUUUUAAGUAAUAAUGAAUUACAAAGCGUUGAAGACAUUCAUAACAUUGCAAAAACAACAUCGAUACGUGAAAUAACAAUUGAUAACAAUCCGGUGUUUCAAAAUGGCGAUUGUGUCUCUUUCCUAAUCUCCUACUUGCCAAAAUUAUCUACUCUAAACACGAUGCUCGUCAAUGAUCAAGCACGCAAAUCAGCAAUGGCAUGGCGUCGAAAUAAAGAAUCUUCCAAUGAGUUAUUCAAGGAUUUGUCGCAGAACAUAAGUUUUAAUGGUCGCCGCGAAGAAGUCAUUUCAAAUGCUCGUACAAACUGGGAAUUAUUACGAACUCAAACUAAAUAUGUUGCUACAUCUUCAAAAAUUGAAAAAACAGCUACCAUUAAACCAGACAGCGAUUUUAUUACCACAAAGUUGGUAAAACGCGAGAAAACACUACGAAACACAAGAACAGGUUUGAAUAUUCUGCCGGAUAAACGUACGUUUGUUCCAAGAACAAAUUCAAUGGAAACUGAUUCAUCUAGUAAUCAAUCUGAUCAGUUCCGACUGCCACCAAUACUAGUACCAAUUAUAAACAAAUUAGAAACAGGAAGCACUUCGAGUAUUGGCCCUAAUAUUGAUAGUUCAAUAAGUUCGUUAAUUAGUAGUAAUCUGUCACAUUCCGAAGAAGAAUCCAGCGAUGAUGAAGUGCUUCCGGAAGCAGAAGUACAACCCGAACAAGUUCAAGUGAACGAAGUUCCUGUUAUAAACGAAGAACAAGUCAAAUGCGAAGAAAUCAAAGCAGUAGCGGUAGAAAAUGUGGAAACAUUAAGUAAUUUAUCAUCAAACACAACUUCGAGUAAUAAUGGAAGUAAUACCAGCGAUAAUAGCACGAAACGUCAAACCAGAUUACGGCGAGCAGUAAAAAGUGCAAUGAAUACGAGUAAUAAAGUUUCAAUACGUGCUAAUCGUGCUCUUACCGCGAAGGUUCAAUCAAAACGAAACAUUGUUAAUGAAAACUCAACAAUUCCGACUGUUGCACUGUCAAGAGAAAGAGAACAAGGUGGUGAUUAUUUAAUAGAAAUUUGUGGACGCCAUCUUAAUGUAUAUGGUCACGGCGCUUUACGUUUCUUAGACAAAGCAUGGUGUCAAAACAAAGCAAACGAUGUUCAUACAGUCAAUUUUAAUUAUGCGAAUUUCAAUGGAAUUUGCAGUGUUUUAAACAAAGUAAAGGUUCGUUUUCCUAAUGCAGAACAUUUUAUAUUUAAAGAGACAAAUAUUUACUGCCUGGGACAGUUGAAUGCAAUGGCGGAAAUUCAAGGAUUGAGUUCACUUAAUAUCCUUCCUGAGGGUAAUCCUAUUAUCGAUAAAGAAUGGCAAGAAUAUGCCAUAUUCCGGUUGGCACAUUGGGGCUUAAAAGUAUUGAACGGAAAAGAGAUUUCUGAUGAAGAUUUGACAUCUGCUAAUGCAUCUUAUGAAAGUUUGAACGAUCUAGUCUUAUGGUCACUGCCAAAUGAAACAUUGCAGCCAUUACUCACCAGGAUGCGCAUUGACGUUACUGCUAAUGAAGAUCUGACAAAUCCGAAACAUUGGCUGAUGCAGGCAGAUCCUGCUUUGAGGAAUGUUGUUAGUAAAGAAGCGCUCCAGUGGAAGAAAACCACAUCUUCUGUUCAUGAGGACAUUAUCAUGCGACAGAAGGCACGCAUUCAUAUAAGUGGACUUUUAAACGAGUUCUGCAAUACUAUUAAAAAAGCGCAGUUAUUCGAAAAACGAUGGCCUAGUAUUUUGCAGGAAAUCGUGAGGAAUACACUGAUUGAUUACUCACAGAUUGACAUUUAUACCAAGCGACAACUUUUAGAAUUGAUGAAGAGUUGUAAUUCUUGAUAUUUACAUUUUGUUUUUAAUAAAAAAAUAUUUGA